AUGGCGCAACAAUCGUUGAUCUACAGUUUCGUCGCUCGCGGCACGGUGAUCCUCGUGGAGUUCACUGAUUUCAAAGGUAAUUUCACCUCAAUCGCUGCUCAGUGCCUCCAGAAGCUUCCGUCUUCCAACAACAAGUUCACCUACAACUGCGACGGUCAUACCUUCAACUACCUUGUCGAAGAUGGAUUCACCUAUUGUGUUGUUGCGGUUGAUUCUGCUGGGAGGCAAAUUCCGAUGGCCUUUUUGGAAAGAGUAAAAGAGGAUUUUAACAAGAGAUAUGGUGGUGGAAAAGCUGCAACUGCUCAAGCAAACAGCUUGAAUAAGGAGUUUGGCUCUAAACUGAAAGAGCAUAUGCAGUAUUGCAUGGAUCAUCCAGAUGAGAUUAGCAAGCUUGCUAAGGUGAAGGCGCAAGUGUCAGAAGUUAAGGGUGUAAUGAUGGAAAACAUUGAGAAGGUUCUUGACCGUGGUGAGAAAAUUGAGCUUUUGGUGGACAAAACCGAAAAUCUUCGCUCACAGGCACAAGAUUUCAGAACAACAGGAACGCAGAUGAGAAGAAAGAUGUGGCUUCAGAACAUGAAGAUAAAACUCAUAGUGCUCGCCAUCAUUAUCGCACUGAUUCUCAUCAUCGUUCUCUCAGUUUGCCAUGGGUUUAAGUGUUAAGCCCAGAAAAUUCAAAACUGCCUUCUCUUUUAUUGUUCGAUCCUUAUUCUAAUGUUUCUGCUUGAAUUGGUUUUGUAUAGAUAGACAUAUAUGUAUGCUACUCAUUUGCUAUGUUGCUUGCAUCUGAUGACAUCGAUCCCUUGCGAACCAGUCAGUAUUUGACAAGAGAUCCGAAACUAUUAAAUGAUUUUGUUGACUGAAGAUUGCAUUGUGAUGAUGAUGAUAAAAAA